AUGUGUGUGCAUCAUAUCCGUGUUCUUGUGUUGAUUUUGAGUUUGGAGUGCUGUUUAGUUUGUUACGGUCUUCAAAUUGAGGAUGGGACUGAGUUUGAAGUUGCGAAUUUGGUUGUAGAACACGAUUCUUGGCCUGACGACGAACCUUCUGAUCAACCACCAGUCAACACAGUACAGUUAGCUGAACAGCCCACAGGUGUAAAAGCGAUACCUUUACCCCUUAUUGGUGCCGACCAUGAACUUUCCUUCAAUGUCUCUUGGGACCCACCUCUAGGACCCAAAGUGCAGGCGUAUUCACUGGAAGUCCACAGCGAAACUAAUACAUUAGAUUGCAAGAUACAGAACUUUUGUUAUGAGACCAACAUUCCUGGGGAUUCUCUCUGGAGUAUGAUCCCAGCACAACCUAGUCCAGCCACAGAUGGCUGCGCGGUAAGGCCUGGUUGUGCUUACUGGAUCAUGCUGAUCGCCAGUCCCGGGGAUGGCCACUCCUAUGCGGAACUGCAUGUCAAACUUGACGAAUGCGUAGCAGGCAUAUGCUCGUGUGCGCACGCGCCGCGCCUGCCCGUGCCAGUGGUGUCCGCCAAGACCAUAUCCAUCCAUGGAGAUCUGUUCGUGAACGUGAGCUGGACCCUUCCCGUCCCCUCAGAACCGCUUAGACUGCCUCCGAGAUUGAAGAAGCAGAAUUAUCUUAUCAGUAUAGGCAAAGAAUUAGUUAGACCGAACGCACAGCACGGCCGCGCAUGGUACCCUCACAUAGUCACACGUCGAUUUGACGCUCUAGGCUUCGUUGUUGUACCUGAGACUUUACAAUGGAGACUGCUACCAUUAACCGAGCGGAGCGGAGGGCGGAGCGGGGCCCAGGACAGUGAUGGUCCUACCCGGAGUAUUGUGCUAGAUGUGAAAUUAGAAGCGCGUGUCAGCUUGGUGGAUGAUCGAGGCUGCGUGGGCCCAGCGGGAAACGCUACCGCUUAUGAUCCUUCAUUACUAAAACCUCCAAUACCAGUACCAGGUUUCCAUUUCCAAGCUCUCUGGGCAGUGUUCGGCGGCGCCUGCGUACUAGGUAUGGUCGUGAUACUAGCGUUCAGCGCUCGAGCGGUCAAGCGUGUGCUGAAGGAAUUCCGCUCGGAGCCCGUGCCCGCUGCACUACAGCCACUAAGACCGCGCCCGAAUUGGUUCCCGCUAGACGCGAACUGCGAAUUUCCACCCCGGAGCCAAGUGGAGGAAAGUCCUCUCUAUGUACAUAAGGAGUUCGAUACCAAGAACUUAGAAGGAGACGAAUGGGAAGUGAUGCCAUCUCGGGUGCACUUGGGCCCACUGAUCGGCAGCGGCGCAUUCGGGAGGGUGCAUGCAGCUCAGCUGGACAUGCCAGGAGGAGAGACUACCACGGUCGCUGUGAAGAUGUUGUCUGACGACGCAACCAACGAAGAGAUGCAAGACUUCAUGCGUGAGAUCGCCAUGCUAAAACACGUGGGGUACCACAAACACGUGAUUAGAUUAAUAGCAUGCUGCACCAGACGACCCCCUCUCUUAGCAUUACUAGAACACGCGCCUAGAGGAGACCUUUUAAGCCUGUUACGAACAGCCAGAGGGAAGAGAAACCAAGAUUUCCAGAGAAAACAGGAAGCACUGUCUGAUCCUGGCGGGAAAGGACGACCUUCGGAAGCAGAUACUGAAUACACGAACCUGAGCGACUCCGAUUCAGAACAGAUCCUUUCGUGCGGAAGCUGCGAGAACAAAAUGUACAUGAACACUGAGGCACCCAAGGACCACUACGUGGCCGAACCGGCUUUGCAGUUGGAUAGUGCCACGAUGAGGGAAUACGCCUUACAGGUCGCUCUAGGCAUGCGACAUCUAGAGGAACGAGGGAUCACACAUAGGGACUUGGCAGCCCGAAACAUACUAGUCGACGGGGCCGGGCUGCUGAAGGUUGCGGACUUCGGCCUGUCCAGGUCUGGCGUCUAUGUCAUCCACUCCAGGUCGAGGCCUGUGCCUCUGCGCUGGCUCGCUCCAGAGGCCAUAUUCAGGGCCAAGUACUGCAGUUCUACUGAUGUUUGGGCCUUUGCUGUACUUUUGUGGGAGAUUGCUACUUUAGGUGGCUUCCCAUACGCCGAUCUAAGCAACCAAGAUAUUCCGCAGUACCUAACAACCGGAGGUAGACUCCCGAAGCCGGCGCGAGCAUCGCCUCGGCUCUACCAACUCAUGACCGAAUGCUGGUCAGACGACCCUCAAGACCGGCCAACCUUUGCCCAAAUAGUGGACAAACUCGCGGCCCAAAACCAGCUUUACGUGGACCUCGACUGCGUGUUUCCACCUAUAGAUAGUUUGACGAAUAGUGAUUACAAAUUCAUAAUAACGCACGGUCACAUAGAUCGGUGACCUUUUUCCCAAAGACUGAAUAGUUUUAUUGUUGCUAGUAUUCCCGUUGUUUUUACGUAAUUAAAUGCACUUUUAAAUGGUUUUU